AUGACGGACCCAGUCCUGAACGACAUCUCCCACAGGCGCUUCAACCUGCUGCGAGGUAGUUGGAUAUUAGUAUCUCCGCAUCGCACAAAGCGGCCAUGGCAAGGCAUGCAAGAGUCCCCGUCCAGGACUACCCUGCCCGACUAUGACCCAGAGUGCUAUCUAUGUCCCUCAAACACGCGGGCCAAUGGCGAGCACAACCCCAAGUUUGAGCACACUUAUGUCUUCGUCAAUGACUACAGUGCCGUCAUGGAGGACCAGCAGGAGUACCACCCAGACACCAAGGAUGGAUCUCUCGCGUCUCGACUUCUUCGCGCAGAAGCCGUCACUGGAAAGUGCUAUGUCAUCUGUUUCUCACCCUCUCACAACCUCACUCUGGCCGACAUGACCCCAGGCCAAAUCCUCCCGAUAAUAGAGACCUGGACCAACCUAUAUGUCGCACAUCUGGAUCCCACGUCGCCCUUGGCUAAACUGGCAUCUGCUACGACUAUUCCUCCUCUAUCACAAGGCGCCGUUAGUGCACCAAACGCACAGUAUCGCUACAUGCAAAUCUUUGAGAACAAGGGCUCUGCAAUGGGUUGCUCAAAUCCGCAUCCCCAUGGCCAAGUUUGGACGACUACAUCGCUCCCAGAAGAACCUGCGCUUGAGCUUGUACAAUUGAGCAAAUAUCGCAGAGAGCAAGGGGGUUGUCACAUGCUCGUUGACUACGCCGAACUGGAGUCCAAGGAGAAGGCACGCACAGUCUUUGAGAACGAGAGCUUCUGGGCUGGUGUUCCGUACUGGGCACUCUGGCCCUUUGAGAUUAUGAUCGUCCCCAGGCAACACAAGCGGUCGUUGGUCGACUUCACCAAGGAGGAGCGUGCACAAUUAGCAGAGUGUAUAGCUGAGAUUACGAGGAGAUACGAUAACCUCUUCGAAACACAGUUUCCGUAUAGUAUGGGACUUCACCAAGCUCCUCUGGCGGGUACAGCCGAUGAGAUCGAGUCGAGCCACUUCCAUAUCCAUUUCUACCCACCACUUCUGCGAAGCGCCACAGUCCGCAAGUUCCAAGUCGGCUAUGAGAUGAUGGCCGAACCUCAGCGCGACAUCACACCCGAACAGGCUGCAGAGCGCCUCAGGACAUGCGGCGGCGAACUCUAUAGGAAGAAGCUCGAAUCUUCGCCCAAGACUAACGGUGUUAAUGGCGUCAAUGGUGUCAACGGCCACUGA